UCUGGUUUCACUCAUCAAGACUUUUCAUUUGCCUGACUUCACUCAUCAAGACUUUUCAUUUGCCUGACUUCAUUCAUCAAGACUUUCACCUAGUUUCACUCAUUAGGAUUUUCAUCUGCCUGGUUUCACUCACAAAGACUUUCACCUAGCUUCACUCACUAAGAUUUUCCCACUGCACGACUUCACUCAUCGGGAUUUUUACUUGGCUUCACUCAUCAGGAUUUUCACUUUCCUAACAUCCAGAUAAGACUUUUCUAAUCAAGUAUCCGGUCAACCUUGACCUACUUGACUCUUCUUCACAUUAAUCUAGUCAAAUCCUGAUCAAAGGAAAAUUGCAUCAACAAUCUCUCCAGUCGAACGAUUACACUUGUAAUUUUCAUAUAUUGUUAAACAUCGAAAUUCAAAUAUCAAGAUUUAAACUUGAAUCAAUUUAAACUUAGUCAAUCUAGACAAUCUUGAUUCAGAGGAUACUGCACCAAUAAUGUGAAGCUAAGCAAGAGAAGUCAUUGCUCAUUAAACAAUUAAUUACUCGUCAACAAGAUAGGGGAAUUUGAGACUUAAAUAGAGAGUCAUAUUUGGUUGACAAAUGGCAGCUAUCUCGUCAUUGAUCUUUGAAUUAGAUAUUGAAUUGAGUGAUAAAUGAGUCUAUUGAUGUUUGAAUUAGAUAUUGAAUUGAGUGAUAAAUGAGUCUAUGUACUGUCCAAUCACGACUUCAAAUUCUAGCCAGGAUUGAAGUAUAAUAAAUCAUUACUCCAUUCUUUUCAACAAUACAAUUAAUUGACUACAUUCUUAGGCAUCCGUUGGACCACUCAACAAAUAUCGAGACAACGACAAGAAGUCGUGAAGUACAUAGAUAGCAUAUUCUAUUUAUUUGUUCUUUGCCUAAUAGUCAAUGGUGUGUUAAACAAAAUGACCAAGCCUUCAUUUAGUAACACAGAAGGCGCUUUCUACUUGCGUGUGUUGUUUAAUUGAUUCCCUUUUGCUCUAUUUUUUUUUUAGUUUUUAAAUGGAGUUAUGUCCUCUUAUUCAUUGGGAUGGAGUAAGAUGUCUUCUAUCAAUUUACUUGUGAAUCAUUGUGAACUUAUGCAAUAAAUGCUCUAAUUAAAAGAUGAUGCCCUGUUUUACAGCCUCCUUUGGAGGGUCUUCUGGUCGUAUGGUAUGCUACCGUUAAAAGAGAUUUAAAACUUAAACGAUAAAAAGGAAAUUCGAAGAUAGACAGUUAUAAGACUCCAAAGUAGGACUUCACAUUGCUCUAAAAAAAUUUAAUAAAAGACCUUAGAAUCACUUACUUUCUUACUAGGUAUCUCUUACCGCCAAGCAAGAACAAGAACAGCGUGCUUGCCACCUUGUUAUCCUCCCUCGUUAAACUCCUUGCUCCUACAAGCAACGCAAUGCAAAUUCAAUCAUCAAAUUAUUUAACGAAAACAACAAAAAGCAUACACAAACUGACAAGCAACGUGAGCAAAACAUUCACUGCAGAAAUCAUUUGGAUUUUGAUCGACUCCCUGGCAAAUUGCGUGAUCUUCCUUCACCCACCACAUGUGAUCUACCUUCCUUGAGAGCCUCUUCGCCAUUCAUUUCUGAAACCAUCACCACUUUCUCUCCAUGAAUUUAAGCUCCCAGCCGUUCCCCACAAGCAACACUCAAGUGCAUCUCCUCUAUAAAUCAACACUCCACCGCAGCGGCAUUCCAUCGAACAGUUGGUGUGCAAGAGCGGCAAUGAAGAAGAUGGCCGUGCUCCUGCUACUGCUGGUCGUCGCAGUGGCCACCGCCGAAGCCAUUCCGUUCGAGGAGAAGGAUUUGGCGUCGGAGGAGAGCAUCUGGGACCUGUACGAGCGGUGGCGGAGCCACCACACAGUGGCGCGGGACCUCGACGAGAAGCGGAGGCGGUUCAACGUGUUCAAGGAGAACGUGCGGUUCAUCCACGAGUUCAACCAGCGGAAGGAGGCGCCGUACAAACUCCGCCUCAACAAGUUCGGCGACAUGACCAACCACGAGUUCCGGGCCGCCUACGCCGGGUCCAAGGUCGCCCACCACCGGGCGCUGCGCGGAGGGAGGGAGGAGACGGGAAGAAGCAAAGCUAGGAGCUUCGAUUACGAGGAGCGCACGCCCCGCCUGCCGUCGUCGGUGGACUGGAGGAAGAAGGGCGCCGUAACUCCGGUCAAGGACCAGGGCCAGUGCGGGAGCUGCUGGGCAUUCUCCACUGUGGUGGCCGUGGAAGGAAUAAAUCAAAUUGAGACAAAUAAAUUGAUCUCUUUAUCCGAGCAACAGCUUAUCGAUUGCGAUACGAAGGACAAUGAAGGGUGCAAUGGAGGUCUCAUGGAUUAUGCAUUUGAGUUCAUCAAGAAGAAUGGGGGUCUCGUAACUGAGGAUGACUAUCCUUACAAAGCUGAUGAUGGAAAAUGUGCCAUCUCAGAGAACUUGCCGGUAGUUACAAUUGAUGGUUAUGAGGAUGUUCCAACGAACAAUGAAAAUGCUCUGAUGGAGGCUGUAGCAAAUCAACCGGUGUCCGUCGCCAUUGAGGCAAGCGGAUCGGCAUUCCAAUUCUACUCCGAGGGAGUUUUCACCGGGCGUUGCGGCACAGACUUGGAUCAUGGAGUUGCAAUUGUUGGAUAUGGAACAACGUUAGAUGGGACGAAGUAUUGGAUAGUCAAAAACUCAUGGGGAGAGGAGUGGGGAGAGAAGGGCUACAUCAGGAUGGAAAGGGGAAUUAGGGCGAAACACGGAUUGUGUGGUAUCGCGAUGGAGGCUUCUUACCCCAUCAAGUCGUCACCCAACCCUACAAAGAAGGCAUCAUCUUCCAAGGAUGAACUUUAAGAUGAUUCCUAUAGUGGAUGGAAAUAUCUUUAGUUAUGUUUGUUUGGAUUGUUGCCAUUAACAAAUAAAAUACCAAUAAAUAUUGGCAUACUAGAAAUUGAGUAUUUUGCUGUGUGCAUGUUUCCAUGGGAUCUAGCUAACUAACAUGUUCAACU